AUGUCUCGCCAAACAUCGUCGAUCGAGUUGACGCCUUCACGCAACAGACGCGAAAUGAGAAAGGCUGCUUCGAGCAGGAAAGCGUCAACUGAUCGCGAGAGUAUCCCUGGCCGCUCGUCGCGUGGAGCAUCCUCCCAUUCCCAGAUCCAUGUGCCACUGAAUGAAUCUAAGUCAACAAGCUCACGAAACGGUAACCAGUCUGUUGGAUCUGAUACAGAGUAUCCCACUUCCUGGAAGCUUGCCCUGAUCCUCAUCGGGCUGUCCAUCUCCCUUUUCUGUAUUGCCUUGGACAACACGAUCUUAGCCACCGCCAUCCCACGUAUCACCGAUCAGUUCCAUUCUCUGGACGACGUGGGCUGGUACGGCAGCGCCUACCUCCUGACAACAUGUGCGCUCACGUUGAUAUUCGGCAAGCUGUACACAUUCUACUCCACCAAAUGGGUCUAUCUGAUUGCCCUUAUCAUCUUCGAGGUUGGGUCCUUGAUCUGUGCAACAGCCCCCAACUCGGUGGCAUUGAUCAUCGGACGAGCCGUUGCUGGGGUGGGAUCCGCCGGUCUCUUCUCCGGGGCCAUGCUCAUUGUCGCUCAGACUGCACCGCUGGAACGUAGACCGGUCUACGCGGGCGCGCUUGCUGGUAUGUAUGGUGUGGCUAGUGUCGCCGGACCGCUCAUGGGGGGUGCGUUCACCGACCACCUCAGCUGGCGGUGGUGUUUCUACAUCAAUCUUCCUAUUGGUGGACUGACGAUCUUGUUCAUUGUCCUGUUCUUCAAGGCUCCCAGAUCAGUCAAAAGUACGCACGGGCUCAAGGAUCAAGUCGCCCAGCUGGAUCUUCCUGGCACCUUCUUCUUUCUACCGGGGGUCAUUUGCAUGCUACUAGCGCUACAGUGGGGAGGUACGAUGUACGCAUGGAAUAAUGGCCGCCUAAUUGCAUUGUUCAUUCUUUCUGGGCUACUCCUGCUGGCAUUCGUCGGAACACAAAUAUGGGGAAAGGAUAAGGCUACCAUCCCACCAAGACUGAUCAGGAAUCGCAACGUCUGGGGCGGGGCAGUGUUUACUUUCUGCAUGGGUGGCUCUUUUUUCACAUUCGUCUACUAUCUCCCAAUAUGGUUCCAGGCGAUCAAGGGCGUGUCGGCCACCAAGUCGGGCAUCAUGAAUCUUCCCAUGCUGCUGGGAGUUGUCGUCUUUGCAAUGGUAGCCGGUAUUCUGAUUUCGAUCUUCGGAUACUACACGCCAUUUCUGCUCGCUUCGCCGAUAUUCGUGGCCAUCGGCGGUGGCUUGCUCAGUACCCUGGAGCCUGACUCCGGCGCGGCCGAUUGGAUUGGAUACCAGCUCAUCAUUGGCAUCGGGGCCGGGAUCGGCUUACAGCAACCAAUGCUGGUCUGCCAGGCCUCGCUCAGCGCGGCGGACGUGCCCAGCGCAACGGCCAUUGUCGUUUUCACGCAGACGCUCGGCGGGGCGAUCUUUGUGUCUGUGGCCCAGAACGUCUUCCAGAACAAGCUGCGCGAGAACCUGGGGCAUAUUCCGGGCCUGAAUGUCCACCAGGUGGUGAGUGCCGGCGCAACCAUGCUACGCCAUGUCGUACCGGCGGACACUCUGCCACAGGCCUUGGAGGCGUAUAAUUCGGCCAUCAUGCAGACCUUCUACGUGGCCGUGGCGAUGGGGGCGCUGGCGCUGGUGGGGGCGCUGCCCAUCGAAUGGAUUUCGGUCAAGGGGCGGAAGAUCGAGCCCGCGGCGGCCGCAUGA